AUGGCAUCAAGCCAGCCAUCAUAUCUCAUCAUCGGUGCAGGCGUCUUCGGCGUGUCCACAGCCUACCAUCUCAUCCGCAAAUACCCCAACGCAUCCGUCACCAUCAUCGACCGCGACGCCUUCGAUGCAGACAGCCGCGUCGCCGCCUCGUGGGACUGGAACAAGAUCGUCCGCGCCGACUACGACGACAUCGUCUACUGCCGGAUGGCCAUUGAGUCCCAGGACGUCUUCAAGUCCGAUCCCCUGUGGCAGCCGUACUUCCUCGAGACGGGCAUGUUCUGGAUGUGCCGUAACACCUACGCCCAGGAUGUGAUCAGCAACUACAAGCAGCUGAACCGCAAGGCGGACAUUUCUGCCGUUACUGUUGAUGAGGCCCGGAAGCUCUACGGCGGGCUAUUCAAGGAGGCUGAUUAUACUGGUGUCAAGGAGGUGCUUAUCAACAAGACGAGUGGUGUGGCCCUCGCUGGUGAUUGUCUGCGUGCCGUGACCAAGGCAGCGAUUGACCUGGGCGUCAAGUACGUGGUGGGAGAGGCUGCAACCCUGCUGGUAGAUGGUCAGGGAGUCUGCCACGGACUCAAGACCAAGGCGGGGCAGGUUCUAACAGCUUCGCAUACGAUUGUAUGCACGGGUGCCGGUACAUCCAAGUUGCUAGAAUAUAGUGCGCGCAGCACAGGGUUGUCAGAUCUCCAGGCAGGCUCGAGGAUCGUAGCGGGCGGCAUCGCCACGGGCAUGGUGACGCUGGAUGAGAAGACAUACAAGGAGAGGUUUGCUUCUAUGCCUGUGGGCAUGCAAGGCUAUCCUGCUGAAAUAGGACCGUUUCUAGGCAGUCUAGCACCCACCAAGGACAGGGAGCUCAAGUGGUGGGGAUCAAAGAUCUUCAGAAACACAACGGAGGUCCUGCCGGGUCGUCACAUCUCAUCGCCCCCUGAUGCGGAAGAUUACCGCCAGUGGAAGGUCUCAAAGCCGCUUCAGGAAGACAUCCGCUCUGUCAGCGAGGUGUUCUACGGGAAGGAGGUCAAGAAUUGGCACUUUGAGAAGUUCCGGGUUUGUUGGGACGCAUUUACCACGAAUGGAGAUUUCAUCAUCUCCCCACAUGCAGCAGCCAAGGGGUUGUACUUGGCCACCUGCGGCUCGUUCCAUGGGUUCAAAUUCUUCCCUGUGAUUGGGAAAUACGUGAUACAGAUGCUGGAAGGCGAGCUCGAGUCAGACUUGGUGAUAAAAUGGACCUGGAACCGGGAGCGCCCAGAUCCUAGCCUCAACCCAGAGUGGCCCAGAUCUGAGCUCAACGAUCAUUUAGAUUCAGUUGCACGACUGUAA